AUGGGGGCUGUCUUACCUGCAGCUGGUGUGAUGGGUGGAUUCAGCCACUUCCAGGACCUGCAAUCUGAAACCUUCCAGCGGCAGAAAAAGGAGGGUUCGGGGGAGCACCAGGCUCGAGAAGGCUGGGAUGAGCCCCACCCACAGGUGAAGCAAGAGUUUGAUGGAGCCUGCUGGGACCUGGACUUCCUCCUGAGAAACUUUUCCACCUGGGAGCCGGUUCCUGGUGCUUCUGGCCCGGGCCAAGAGCAACAGCCCUUGGCGUCUGCCACCCACCAGGCAGAAGCCUUUGAGGAGGCGACGAGAGAGGACCUCCUUGGAAGACAGGGGGCUCCAGGUGGCUUUGGCUCCCCAGCCUUGGACCCCAAAUUCCUCUCAGCAGAGAGCGCUGUGGACGGUGUGCCCGCCCUGCCCCACUAUGCCCAGGCGGCAGUGGGGCCCAGUAGAGGCCUGGGGCCUCUCUGUCACCUGCUGCAGGAGUUCCCUGCCCAGAUGGUUGGCGGGGGUCUUCCUUCAGUCGUCCAGCUCCGCAGAGAGCCUAGAGCAGUCGGGUACGGGCCGCAUGGCCAGCUGACCUACGAGGCCUAUUUGCUGAGCAGCUGCCCUCUGGCCUGCCCUGGCCAGUCCCAGGCCUGGCCGGUCCAGCCCCACCAGGCAGAUCCGGCGCUGACCACGUCACCUUUCCUCGGCCUCCCGGGGCCUCCUUUGCCUGCCGGGGAAGCAGCAGCCAAGCCGAAGAGGGGCCACAAGUCCCGGCCGCGCAAACAGCCCCCCAGCCACGUCUGCAGCCACCCCAGCUGUGGGAAGACCUACAGCAAGAGCUCCCACCUCAAGGCCCAUCUCCGCACCCACACAGGUGAGAAGCCGUACCACUGCACCUGGGAAGGGUGCGGCUGGAAAUUCUCCCGCUCGGAUGAGCUGACUCGCCACUACCGCAAGCAUACAGGACAGCGGCCUUUCAAGUGCCUCCUCUGCCAGAGGGCUUUCUCCCGCUCGGACCACCUCUCCCUGCACUUGAAGAGACACGUGUAG